AUGAACCGUCCAAGAAACAAUCCUUCUUCAACCUCUACGCCAAGAAUUCACUCAUCAUCCUCACCUCGAAACGUUGGAGGUAAUAGCCAGAGUGUGGUUGCUUCUGCCUCUCCGCAACCACCACCACCACCCUUUAUGAAUACAAAAUCUCCCAGACAAAUUGUACCUUCACUAGCCUUAUUAUAUCAUGGGCUUAAUGCCUUGCAAAACUCAAGGGACGAAAUACCACCAUCGACUUCAACUAGCACUACAACAGAAGGUAGUGUUGGAUCCUCUUCAGAAACACAAAGUAUCCUCAAUCAUGUAAAAGCCUCAUCCAAAAGUACCUUGAUGGACUCCUCAUCUCAUGAUGGUUCACCAACAGACCACAAGAUGUCUAAUGGAUCACUCACAGAUCGACCCUACAAGCAGCAGCAGAUGAAUAUGAUCACGGAGGAAAUAUGCUGUCAAGAUGAUAUCUUGUGUGGAGCAACCCCAUAUUCCCCUCGAAGAUUUCCACGUGUGGAAUUCUCCAAUCAUGCCAUCAAAUUUGAAAAGAAAGUUCAAGAUUCAACGCAAACCAUUAGAAUUCAUAAAGAGCAUGAAGAUCGACUGAACCUUGUUCAUGAAUGUAUCAAACAAAUACACUCACCAGUGAAGGAACAAGUACAAUUGGGAAUUGCAACUCUUAAAGAACUUGAUUCCAUGAUGGAUGAUUCGAUUCGAUACGAUCAGUAUCAUUCACCUUAUGAGAAGAAGAUGUUGCACUCAUCUAAAAAAUCAUUUAAUGUUCAUUCAAGAUAUUUGGAUCCAAAGAAACCAAUAUCACCCCAGAAACAAGAUUCAUUUUCACCUCAGUUCGUCUCUAAGCAAUUCAAAAAUACCUCACCACGUUAUUUGGAUUAUGAGAGCAAACAGAAUAGAGAAAAAACUGAACAACAAUUGAGACCAGAAGAUGCAUCCAAACUUCAACAUUCAAAGAACAUUACUGGGUCCAAAGACACGCUUUCGAAUCCUUUGACUGAUCAUGUGAAAUCUCCUCAAAAGUUUUCUUCAAGCAAAUUGUAUCCUCAACAUCAUUCACGAUACAAUCCAUUGUAUUAUUCACCAAAAAAAGGUGUUAAAAGAUGUGAACAAGUUAACGAAUCUCCUUCAAAACCUUCUUCCCCUUUGAAAGGUAUUUCUUCUCCAAUUACAAGCAAAUCACCUCAAAUAAUACCAAAAGGACAUUCGUUAAAAAAGGGUGCAAAGAAAAUUAAUGAUCACGAUUUGAAAAUGUUAAUGGAGUCUGGGUCACUUGAUGAUUACAAUGAUGAUUUUGUGCUUCAUAGGGUGACAACGUCUGCUACGGAAGAAGACUCGGAAGUUUUAUCCUUGACUCUGGGAAAUUCUGGCAUUGAAGAUGACGAUCUAGUAGUGACAGAUCACAACUCUGCUAUUGUAUUAUCGUUGUCUCCUCCACCGCAUGAUGAUGCCACUAUAGUUCAAGACAUGCUUGAACAUGAAACGGAUGUCAAUGAUAUUAAGGCAGAUUUGCCCCCUGUGACGCAGACCAUCGAAAUCACAACUCCAGCUAUGAUUGCCAAUGUCUCAAGAUUAAGCGAACAAGAAAUGAGUCUUCAAGAACAGCCAGAAGACAUUCUUGAAAGUGGGAAUGAGGAUGAAUUCGAAACUAUGGAAGCUGAUCCAGAGAUGGAGUUACAAACCAAUGAUGAAUCUCUUUAA